GAGCAGCUGUGGCAGCUGUCAAUGAAGGUCGGAUAAGGGGAAAUUUGUGUGAGAUCUUUGGACUUGCUGAGACUUGCUCUCAUCUCCGUGAAUUUAGAGUUAUUUCCUGACCAUCUCUGCAUCAUGUCGAAGGUUCUAGUUGGAGUGAAGCGUGUCAUCGACUACGCCGUGAAGAUCCGCGUGAAGCCGGACAAGCUGGGCGUCGUGACGGAGGGUGUGAAGCACUCGAUGAAUCCCUUCGAUGAGAUUGCCGUGGAGGAGGCCGUGAAGAUGAAGGAGAAGAAGAUCGCAUCGGAAAUCAUUGCCGUCUCCGUGGGCCCGGCUCAGUCGCAGGAAGUCAUUCGCACGGCCCUGGCAAUGGGCGUCGAUCGCGGCAUUCACGUGGAAGUCGCUGGUCCGGAAUACGAGCUCUUGCAGCCGCUCCACGUGUCCAAGAUCUUGGCAAAGCUGGCCCAGGACGAGAAGGUGGAUCUCGUGAUCCUCGGCAAGCAAGCCAUCGAUGAUGAUGCCAACCAGACGGCCCAGAUGACCGCUGCCCAGCUGGACUGGCCCCAAGCCACCUUCGCCUCGAAGGUGGAGAAGACUGGCGAUGGUCUCACGGUCACCCGUGAAAUUGACGGCGGUCUGGAAACUAUCAAGUGCAAAGUUCCAGCUGUGAUUAGCGCCGAUCUUCGCCUCAACACGCCAAGAUACGCCACUCUUCCGAACAUUAUGAAAGCCAAAAAGAAGCCCAUCAAGAAAGUGACUCCCAAGGACUUGGGAGUUGACACAACGGCUCGAAUUGAGGUAAUCUCCGUGGAGGAUCCGCCAGUGCGCCAGGCUGGAUCCAUUCUGCCUGAUGUGGACACCCUCAUCGGAAAGCUGAAGGAAGGCGGUCAUGUUAAAUAGAGCAAAGGUUUCCAGGAGCACUUCAAUUGGCAGUCCCUCCCCAGAAUUUGUGCAUUUAAAGAGUGGAAGUUAAUAAUAUUUUCUAUUGGAUUUGAAA